AUGCUUCAAAGACUAGAGAAAGUUGUCCAAACUUUGGAGCCGAAAGAUGGAGACAGGCAGGAUCCCGUAGAUCCUCAGCACCCCCACAAACACAACGAUGGAGGUGAUCGAGAACGGCCCCAGUCUCCGAUUCCUUCGCCUAUGGUUGAGGACAUCGACGCUACGAACUUGGGGUCUUUCAGUCCAACGAUGGGCCCGGGAGUCCAAGCAGGUUGUUCAAACCCACCCAGUGCCGAGUUGCAAAGUGUAACAUCAAGCCAUGGUGGCAGUGAUGGCAGGAUCGUUCGCGAUGCUGGGAGGGACACCUAUGUAAGACGAUGGUUUUGGGAGGAUUGUAAAAGUGAAAUCAGCAGCGGCUCUGCGACAGACGAAGAUCGCUCAGACGACGAUGACUUCGAAGAUACCGCUUCUAACCCUUUCUCCAAUUGGUGCUCGAAGAAACCGGAAAGUUUGAGUUCCGAAAACGAAAUUACAAGCUCAAAGAGAAGGAUUCUUUCUAUACUUGGCGAUCAAAAACUGCACUUGUGGGGCAUUUACAAAGAAAGAGUUGAGCCGCUGACCAAGUUGCUUCAUUUCCCGUCGCUGGAGCAGACAGUGACCGGGCAUCGCUUGGUGGACUUCGAAGACGGCACCCGUUGUAUCAUGCUAUCAAUCUACUAUGGUGCGGUAACAAGCCUAGGCGAAGAAGAGUGCGGCCAGCUAUUUCAGAGCGGACAAGCCCGGGUCCUGUCCGUCUUGCGGGACGAGGUAGAAGCAAUGCUUUCGAAGGCCAUGCUGAUUCAUACGGGGGAUAUACAACCAUUGCAGGCACUAGUCUUGUACCUCAUUUUCCUGCGCCAUCAUGAACCUCGGCUCUCCUGGAACCUUUCAGGGUUGGCUGUUAGACUCGCUCAGAAUUUCGGCAUUCACAGGGAAGGCAGUCUUUUCGGACUCUCAACAUUCGACAUCGAAAUGCGACGCCGCCUUUGGUGGCAGAUUGCAGUUCUGGACGCCCCAUCGGCCGAGGACUAUUCGGGUGAAUACAAUUUGUAA